UCAUAAUUUUUAAUAUUACUGAACAAAUUCAAAACACCCAUCCCAUUUCGGUACACGUGCUGAUGAUAUAUAUUUUUUUUGAACAAAGAAUGGCAACUGUUAACUAAACUAUAGUCAACAAAAUCCAAUUGAACUGUGCCAAUCGAUAACGUAAGACGGACUAUAGCUAAAAAGCGUUUUUAGCAGUUGCUUGCACGUUGUGUGUAUCGAUAUAUUUAUAUAUAUAUACAUAUAUACUUAUAUACGUUUGGCAUUUGGAGUUAUUAUUAACGUUUGGGUUCAAGGUUCAACGGAAAAUUUCGAUCAAAUAUAAAUAUAAACGAACAGAAAACUUUCUAAAAUGGUUGCUCGAGAGGGCUUUGCAUUUGUGGUUCUCUAUGUGUUCUUAGCUGGUGCCCUCGUGCGGCCUCAAAUGAACAUAAGCAUUGUGGUGGACUCGUUGUUCUUUCAGGCCAAUUAUGCAGCUGUUAUGGUGCUGACAUAUAAGUUUGAUUUCUACAUGCUGCUGGCUGCGGUUCCGCUGUCCGGACUCACGGUCUUUGCAUGCACUAAGUGGAAUAUGGAAACGGAGCAUCAGAAUAGCAUUCGAGUCUUAAUCGGAGGCAUGAUCAUGUGCUAUUUUGCAGCACUCUCGGCCAAUGUGGCCGCCAAUGGGAUGGUCAUGCAAUAUGCGUUGGCCAAAUUCGGGCAAUGUCCGGCCAAAGCAUGGCAAAUGUAUGCCGACCUGCAGUUGGCUUUUUUGCAAUCGAUCCCCAUGAAUGGGAAGAGUCUGGUCAUGUGUCAGCCAAGGCAUAGUGUUCGGUUGGUCUAUCCACUAUCCACCAAAAGCUAAGAAGGUGGGGUAAUGAGGGGCAUGGGAAAAACUGAAUCAAAUGAAAUAUGUAUUACUUGGCAUAUACAAAGAAUUAAAUUAAAUAUAGCAGUUUGACCGCAAUUGAAAUGAA